AAACAUGGCCUCCAGUGGAAUCCUUGUGUUCAUUUUCACUGUCCUUUGCAUCUGUGCAGUUAAGAGUGGUUUUGUAAAAGUUGAAUGCAAAACUAAAAAUGUGGGACACUAUGGCCAACAGUCACUGCUGGAGUGUGUUGUCAAAACAGGAGAAUCUGUAAUUGAUCCAACUAUCCGUACGGUUGCUUGGAAAAAACUGACCUCACCAGAAGACGAAGGUGAUCUCGUGUUGGGUUUUCAAAAAGGGAAAUUGGACGAGCCAAAGCGAGGCUACAUGUUUGCUGAACCAUCAUGGGACGAGAAGAACAUGAAUGUAUCUCUGCUCAUCAACAACACUGCAGUGGCACACAAUGGAGAUUACGAGUGCAUGGUGAUCACAGACAGUGGCGAUCACACCAGUGUCACUACCCUUAAAGUCCAAGCUAGAUACAGUAUCUCAACUGUACACUUCACCCCUGAGAAAGUUGACCCAAACUCAGACAGUACCCUGAUCUGUAAGUCUCGCGAAGGCUACCCAAAGGGAACACUUCACUGGUUUGUUGAAGAGAAUAAUGACUGGACAAAAAGCUCUGAAAUGGAGGUGACACAGUCAGAUGAUGGUUUGUUUCAGCUGACAAGCAGACUCCCUUUGUUCCAACAAUCCACUUUCCAAAAGUAUACCUGCGUUGUGUUAAAUGCCAGUGGAAGCAAAGAGGAUGAGUUCACAUUUGAAAUGCCAGCACCUCUUGAAGGGGUGCCAGACCCCAGGUCACCUGAGACCUCUAAAGUAGUUGCUCCUUUGGUGGUCAUUGGUUCGCUGAUCAUAGGUUUGCUGUGUGCACUGUUGCUCUACAGAAGGCGAUCUCAAA